AUGGAUGGUGAUGGGGUGGAUAUGAGCCAGCCGUCCGACAAGGACCUGCUGAUGCUGCAGAAGGUGGAUCUGAUCCGGAGCCUGAGGAGCCUGGAGAGCCGUAACAUGGACCCAAUGCUGGAGCACGGAAAGAUGAUGAAGGACGUUAACCGGGGCCUGCAGGUCUGACUCCAUGAGAUCCGGAGUCUGAAAGAGGUCAACCAGAAACUGCAGGACGAUAAACAGGAGCUCCGAAAGCUGUGCUGCCUCCUGGAUGACGACCAACAGAAGGGGAAGAAGGUGGAAGAAGGCCGUUAUACUAUAUCCUGUGGAAAGCAAAAGCUGAAGGAGCUGGAGGCCAGUCAGGAAGUGCUGAGGACAGAGAACCUGGAGAUGAAGGAGAUCUUCCUCAUGCUGAAUGAAGAGAGGAGCAGAGCCGGCUCAAUCACAGCCCAGCCAGCAGCCAGCCCUGAACACCCCCCCAACAAACACUUACACAAAGAAAACAUAUCAGCCAGCUACAUCAGACAGCUGGAGAAAAAGGUGAGGAUGCUAGAGGAUGAAAACAAGCCGUCACAGCUGCUGUCAUGGUCACUGCUCUCAUCACUUUACACAGAACAAAACACAUCAUCGGCCAAUGCCAAACCUGUUCCUGAGCUGGCCUUCUCAGCUGACGUCUUCUCAGUUCCCAAGCCUGUUCCUGAGCCGGCUGAUGUCGAACCUGCUCCAGGUUCCCAGUCGGCGGCCUGGUCGAUAUCUGUACCUGGUUUCCAGUCAGCAGUCUGGCUGACUCCUGGUCCUGAGCUCCCAUUAGGUCUGUCCAACUCCUGGUCCCGAUUUCCAGUUGGCGGCCUGACUGACACCUACUAA